CCUAACAAGUUGGUCUAUAAGCACACCAGCUAGCUGUCUCUAUUUCGAGAUCCCUAACUCUGUACACAAUGGAAGAAAUACGUACUUCCGAACAAUCGAAACCCCUCUAUGAAAGCCUUAGAGACGGUGAUGUAUUAGAAGUGGUGAAAGCUUAUGCAAAAGCUACUACUCUUGAUGCAAGAUUAAAGCUAAUUCCAACAGUGCACGACGACACAAUCCUCCAUAUGGCGAUUUACAUGGAGCAAGAAAGCAUCGCAAUAGGAAUCAUCGAAAUAAGCAGGCAUAAUGACGAGCUAAUCACACAACAAAAUGAGUUUGGAAACACUGCUCUUCAUGAGGCUGCAGCAAUUGAUUGUGUACGUGUUGUGGAGAAGUUGUUGGAAAAGGCACCGGCAUUGCUGUCCAUUCCAAACGAGAAUGGGGAAAUGCCUCUCUAUACAGCAGCUCACUUUGGCCAGAAAAAAAAUUUCAUUUUGCUGGCUGAAAAACUGAAAAACGAUCAACAUGCUCUUCAUCCCCAUUUGUUCUCCCUGUAUCCUUCUAACGACCCUGUUACAAAAAGUGGGAAGUACUCUUACGACCCUGAACGCAUACGCGGUACCAUUCUUCAUGCUGCAAUACAUGCCGAGUUCUUUGAGCUUGCACUUUUGAUAGCUAGAAAGCCGGAGUAUGCAAAACUUGUUCUACUAAAAUACAAAAAUUUGAAAACGCCUCUUCAGCUCCUCUCAUCCAAUUCUUCAGCAUUCAAGAGUGGAAUGAAAUGUAGACUGAUCAAGAGGUUCAUUUACAACUGUGCUCAAUACGAAGAUGCUAAAGAGGAAGAUGUUCAUGAACAAAAUUCCAGUGAUGAUAGUCAUGUACAAAGUUCCAGUAGAGCCACUCUGUUUCUACGGCGAAUCAUGUCUUCAGUUAAUAGAUCAGUUUGGAUUGUUCUGCGAGAAUGGCCAACGAUGAAGAAGAUUCAUGACGAAAGGAAAAGGCAUGAACUUGCUUUAGAACUAGGCAAGUUUUUAAUUGCAGAAGACUUUUCAUGGCACAUCAAAGCGCCAUCCCAGUCAGAGACUCCAGAUAUCCCAUUGUUCAUUGCAACAAGCAAUGGAAUAUUAGAAAUUGUGGAGGAGACACUUAGAGUCUACCCUUUGUCACUUGAGUAUACAGACAAAGAGAAGCAAAACAUACUGCACCUCGCUAUAUUGCACCGUCAGCCGGACAUCUUUGAUGUGACGAAGAGGUUUGAUGUGACGAAGAGGUUAAUGCCAAGGUUGGCUCGACAAACCGAUAAGAAUGGAUUCACAAUACUGCACCAUGCUGGAAACAUGAAAUUUUAUAAAGGAGGCACCCAGCCUGGUCCUGCACUUCAGUUGCAAGAAGAGUUAGAAUGGUAUGAGAAGGUGGAGAAGUUAGUCCCACGAUAUUAUGCAAGGAAUCCUGCUGUUGAACAAAAAGAGACUCUCGAAGAGUUCUGUAGACGAAAAUAUACGGAAACUGUAGAGGAGUUGUCUCAGAACGCGAAUAAGAUAAUUCCACCCAAAUCUGUAAAUAAGCUUGGCUGGGACGAAAGCAAAGAGGAGACCCCCAGAGAGUACUUUGCUCGAACCCAUGGGGAGCUCCUCGAGGAAGCACAAGAAUGGCUAGAGCGGACCUCCAACUCGUGCUCCUUGGUGGCUGGACUAAUUGCCUCCGUCGCCUUCGCGGCCGCUUUCACCAUCCCGGGCGGCAACAACGCAAGAAACGGGCAGCCCAUCCUUAUCGACAGCCCUUUCUUCUUGGUCUUCAUCAUCACUAACGCUCUCUCCAUCGCCAGCUCGCUGACGUCACUCGCCAUGUUCCUCUCCAUCCUAUCGUCACCGUACGAGCUCGAGGACUUCCACCGCUCUCUCCCUCGGAAGCUCAUCCUCGGCUUCACCUCCCUCUUCUUCUCGGUGGCCGUCACCAUGCUCGCCUUUGCCUCCACAAUGAUGCUGACAAUUCCGAUGAAGAAGCGCCUGACUACAACUCUUAUAUACUGCGUUGCGGUUCUUCCGGUCACCAUGUUUGCGCUGUUGCAGUACCCGUUGUGGGAGGCCUUAAUAAGGACUGGAAAGUCCUCAGUCAAAGUCGUGAAAAGAAUUCUUCCCUGGCCACUUAUCGAAACUGCUUGCUCAAAGGCCACUAAGGCCCACACUUCAUGAUUCAUUAACCAUUUAGUCAGCUUUAACUCCCUAAACAAAUAACGUCACACAAACUCCAUGGUGAUAGCAGAUAGCCUAUUAGCAUUAGGGUAUUAUUAAUUGUUCGCUCUAAUACAGGGUGUUAUGUUACAGUAUCCUCUCCCCGUCUAUGUCUUAAUUGUUUUUUACCCCGUGCAUACACAGUUCUUGCUGAGAGUUGAGUGCUGUUCCAUUUAAUUAGAAGCUUCAACUGUGCCAUCUUGUCACUCAUCUUUCUGAUCAUUACCGCUUGGAAGUAAGAGUUUCAAGCAUUUAGUGCUUGGAUCAACUGCAUCGACGGGAGUUGCAUCCACAAAUAUUUAUUUGCCGCCCUCACACUUAACUGCAUGCACAAGCAUGUUCCGAUGGAUCUGCAUAUAAGCAAAAUAAUAGGAAAAUGAUUUGUGGCCUCAAUGAGGGCUAUGAUUUGUGGCCUCAAUCUUAGGUGUCAUGCCAUGUCAUCUACACAAUUCACCUAUUUUUCAAAUCAUGCCAUGUCAUUAUUGAGAAAAAGACCAUCUUAUCCUUCAAAAAUCUAAUGACUCUAAAUUAUUUUGGUUUUCUUCUAAGAAAAAAAAAUUGGCUUUCUUUCAUUUUUUUUCUUUACACUCAUGCUUAGAUUUAAACAACAAUUUUUUUUUCU